AAAACAGGAAGGAAGCUUACAUGCAUGUAUCGAGGGACGCUGUCAAUGAUCCUGAGUUGGAGAAGUGGGUACUUGGUCAAGAAUAUGGGUCAGGCUCGUAGGAUGAUGGCCGACGACAGCAUCCAGGAAAACCGGAGCAUUCAUUCCAAUAACAUCUCUGAAGUCCAUAACAUCCCUAUGAGGGUCCUGAUCAGACCCAUCCCAUCUGUCCUAGAGGAGCCUAAGGUGCAGAGUCUGAUGGAAACCAUUCAGGCGGAUGCAGACCUUGUGCCCCCCAUAGACGUUCUCUGGAUCAAAGGUCGGAAUGGAGGGGAUUACUACUAUUCCUUUGGGGGAUGUCAUCGCUAUGCAGCACACCAGAGGCUAAACAAAGAAACUAUUCCAGCCAAACUCAUCAAGUCUUCUGUCAGUGACCUACGCACUUACCUUGGUUCCAGCACUCCUGAUCUACUGUAAUAUUACUAUGGACAUUUUCACACAAAAAAAUGACUUAUCUGCAGCUCGUGGAGCUCAGGGCUUUUUGUAUUGAGGUUGCUCCAGUAUUAGGGUUCACUGAACACCCAGAGAAGAGUACUGAAAAUGAGGCACUGUCGCCGAUACAAACUCUUUUCCAAAUAUCAUAUAAUUCUCCAGCCAGUAGGGAGCGCUCUGUCCAACAUUUCAGGGAGGCCCUAUGACGACUGCACCCUCUUUUAUAGAUGUGUAUAGUGACUCCCUACUAGGGCUGGGCGGUAUACCGGUUCAUACCGAAUACCGACAUUUUUGUGCUGCACGAUAUGAAUUUUUCCAAUACCGCAAUACCGGUUUGGCCCCUCCCGCUCAGGAAUGAAUGUAUUAUCAGCCCAGCACUGCACUGUCCCCACAUUGGGGAACUAAUCCUAUGUGACCCCGUGAGCGCUGUUCUGCCCCAUCCGCAAUUAAUUAUCAGCCCAGCGCUGUCCUCAUCAGGGUACUACUCACAUGUCACCCGCAUGCGCUGCCCUCCUCGUCCUGUUUGUUGCGGCCCCCGGCGCUGACACUCUAUACCAGUGGUCCCCUAGCUGUGGACCUCCAGAUGUUGCAAAACUACAACUCCCAGUAUGCUGGACAGCUGGGAGUUGUAGUUUUGCAACAUCUGGAGGUCCGCAGCUUGGAGACCACUGCUCUAUACUGUGCGGUAUCCCUAUGCCCGGGCUGCAAAAAAUAAACAAAAUAAACUUUGACUCACCUCCCGUUGGUCCGGUACCGGCCUCACUUGUUUCCUGGGGAUGGGAACGUCGGACAGCCGUCAGCCUAUCACCAGCCGCAGCGAUGUUCUGCCUCGGCCGGUGAUAGGCUGAGCCCACUGUCAUGUAAGGACCUCUGGCCGGCUUCUUACAUGACAGUGGGCUCAGCCUAUCACCGACCGAGGCGGAACAUCACUGCGGCCGGUGAUAGGCUGACAGCUCUCCAACGUUCCCGUCCACAGCAUAAGGCCGACGUAGGUACGUUAAAGUUUAUUUUGUUUACCUUCUGCAGCCCGGGCAUAGGGAUACCGCACAGUAUAGCGUGCCAGCACCGGCGGCCGCAACAAAUAGGAUGAGGAGGGCAACGCUUGCCGGUAACAUGUGAGUAUUUACCCCGAUGGGGAUGUGGGCUGAUAAUUAAUAUGGGGGGGGGGGGGGAUACCGUUAUAUACCGUGGAACCGCCAAAAUUUUUAAAAAUACCAUGAUACACAUUUGGUCAUACCACCCAGCCCUACUGAACUCCAAUGCCCUGAGAAUAUUUCCAGCUAUGCCUUAUAAAGAUCAGACUGCAGAAACAAUGCCAAGUACAGACUGACAAAAAUAUUUUUCAGUCUAAAAAUAUUUUGUGAAUAGUUUGGCAGACAUAUUUAUUAAAGAGAGAAGAUGCUAAAUGUAGGUAAUUGAAAACUUUACAAUGUACGAAAAUGAUAUUUUAUUAAAAAUAAGCUUC